CUCCUUGCCCCUCUCCUUCUUUCCUUACUCCCCUCUCAGCUCACUCAUCUCCUCCUUCCUCGUCUGACCGCUUCUUUUCCAGCACUAUUCCCCCCGUCUCCGAGGGGUUCACUGAUAUAUGCGAGGAAUUACAAAUUAGUAUUCACCCUACUUGUGGGGUCAUACGUCGUUUGGACCUUCUUCGUUGAUGGAAAUGUAGAGGAAGGGGAAGAAUGGUAUUCCUUAUUGGAAGUAAAAAGAGAUGUAGAUGAUGAAGCUUUGAGAAAGGCGUUUAGAAGAUUAUCCCGUACCCACCAUCCAGAUCGUGCUGGAAUAUCACAUUCAAAUAAAUUCAUAAUCCUUCGACAAGCAUACGAGACACUUUCUGAUCCUCUGACUCGAUAUGCCUACGAUCGAUUCGGACCUCAGGUGAUAAGUUGGAAAGGGAAGACGGUGGGAGAUUAUCUGAAAAGAGGGUUGGCUAAUGCUUCUGGGUUUUAUUUG